AAAAGAUAGAAGAAAUGGGCCGAGAAAGAGGCAGUGCAAUGAUUAUGUUGACUCUAAUGUUAUGUUUUCAGAGCAGCUUUGCAGCCACUUUCAUGGUGGGUGAUGCUUCUGGUUGGGGUUUCGAUGUGAGCAAUUGGCCCAAGGGAAAAACCUUCAAGGCGGGUGAUGUCCUUGAGUUUACGUAUAAUCGAGCGAAUCACGACGUUGCAGUAGUAGAUAAAGAAGCAUAUGAGUCGUGUAAAAUUCCACAAGAAGCUCCAGUUUUUGAGACGGGAGAUGACCUUAUUCCGCUUAAAAAGGGAGAUAACUAUUUUGUAUGUGGUUUCCCAGGUCACUGUGAAGGUGGCAUGAAAAUAGCUAUUACUGCUACGUAGUCAUCUCGAUUCGUUAUUUUACAAUAAAUAUAUAAAUAAAUUUCUUUUCUUUCUUAUUUCAUCA